CUCCUCCUCCUCCUCCUUCUCCACCGUCUGGCCAGCCAUUCCCAGUCCAGCCGGGAACGCGUCACCGUCUCUCGCCAUGGAGUACCAGCAGGCUGCCCAAUGGGCCGCCCAGCACUUGGAGAGCUACCGGAAAGACCCCAGUGGCUGGAACGGCUAUAAGCGAGCGAAUAAUGUCACCAUAUCUUGGAGACCUUCAAAUGUAUUUCGUGGAAACCUAUACAGGGCAGAAGGAGUUAUAGCAGCUAAACCAGAGGAUGUCUUUAAAUGUAUAAAGCCGGAGACUGAUGGACUUAGAGAAAAAUGGGAUGACAAUGUGAAUAAAACAGUAGUGAUUGAAUCCAUAAACAAUGACGUUUGUGUCCUGAGGACGACUACACCCUCAGCUUUCAUGAAUAUGAUCUCUCCAAGGGAGUUCUUAGACGUGGUCCUGAUCCAACAAAAUGAGGAUGGCUCAAAAAUGACUGCUGCAACCAACGUGGAACAUCGCCUCAGUCCACCUCAGCCAAAUUACGUGAGAGGCCUGAAUUUUCCCUGCGGCUGUUUUCUCAUUCCUGUUCCAGGGGAUCCAAAUAAGACCCGCCUGCUCAGUUUCUUUCAGACGGAUCUAAGUGGCAACCUUCCACAGAAAAUCGUCGAAUCUUUCUUUCCAAGGAGCAUCACAGGGUUUUACGGGAAUUUGGCUAAUGCAGCUGUCACAUUAGUAGCUUAGGGCAGGGGUCGCCAACUUCUCGGACCUCAGGGACCACUAAAUUCAUAAUUUUAAGUCCUGCGGACCACUAAUAUGAAUUUUUUUUAAAAAAAUAAAUAGUAUUUGGGGCAAUAUAAUAAAUGCAAAUAAUUUUUCUGCCGACCACCAAAAUUUUUUCAUGGACCACCAGUGGUCCGCUGACCACUGGUUGGUGAUCGUUGGCUUAGAGAGCUAAGGUGGCGCAGUGGUUAGAGUACAGUACUGUAGGCUACUUCAGCUGACUGCUAGCUGCAGUUCAGCCGAUCGAAUCUCACCAGCUCAAGGUUGACUCGGCCUUCCAUCUUUCCAAGGUGGGUAAAAUGAGGACCCAGAUUGUUGGGGACAAGAGGCUGACUCUGUAAACCGCUUAGAGAGGGCUGUAAAAGCACUACGAAGCGGUAUAUAAGUCUAAGUGCUAUUGCUAUUGCGCUAUAUUCCCUAUUUCCCCGCCCCAUCCCACUUCUAUUCUCAAAGGGAAAACAGACUAUAGCUGGGCUGUAUAUUAAUAAUACUGAGACUGCACUUCACAAAGGCACAAGCAAUGUCCUGGGGCUGAAUUCAGAACUGUGAUCUGUUCGAAAGGAUGUGCAUGAAUUUCUCCUUAAUUUAGAUGGAGAGCUUGUGAGCCCAGGUCUAGAAUUAAAUAGCACUUUAUUCACUCGACUGGGGUCUGACCUUGCUAAGGACUUUGAAAAGAAAUGAAUCUCUCCCGGGGUUUUGCUUUGCAAGGUAGGCUUUCAAACAUAACGACACCUCAGCAGGAAAGAGUUGGACCAUAAUUCGCUGUGCUGGCUUCGUCCCCCUGUCAAUCAGAAAAACGAGGAAGAAAGCCCAAUGCUGUGUAUUUGCCAAAUUCCAUGUGCUGCUUUAUCUUUCACAAUUAUGACGACAUCACUUAGAACUCCUCUUGAGUUUAGAUCUCCACCCAGGUAUCUACCAAGAAUUCCUUUCAUGUGGUUUGGUUGUUUUGAGCCAAUAAGGCAUUUCCUGUUGAAGUGAGAGAGGAAAAAAAAAGACUCUGAAGAAGCCACAUUUGUUUUUCAAAUGUUCUCCUCCCGUAUCAUCUCAAUCGCAAAUAUCUGCCUACAUUACGCCUGCAUGGCAGGAGGGGGAAAAAAAAAUUCCUGACUUACAAGUCUGCCAGUGGGAAGAGAGAUGUUUACGCACAGAAACACUCAAGCAUACGAAACUCUUAAGCAUGUGGUUAUGGUAAAUUACGGUCGGUUGUGGAACAGCAGGUUGUCAGAGACGGUGUUUAACAAGAAACCGAGACAAACAUCUACCGGUUUUGCACUGUAGAUCCUGUUUAGAGAGAAGGAAACAUGUCUGCUCCAGGAUUCUGCCUUCUUAAAACUUUCCCUAGUUCUGUGACGGCGAGCCUAUGGUACACGUGCCAGAGGUGGCACACAGAGCCCUCUCCAUGGGCAUGUGUGCCAUCACCAGCUGCUCUUCUGGGUUCCGAUGCACAGAUGCUCUCAUCUGGAUUCUGAUGCUUGCAUGCACGCCAGUCAGCUGGUCUUCAUGUGAGGCCCAGCUGGCCAGUGUGUAUGCGCGCAGCAGAACCUGGAAGAGAACAGCUGUCCAGCUGCAUGUGCACGACAGAAAGCCAGAAGAGCAGCUGGCUCCUGCAUGCACGUACACUAGCCAGCUGCUCUCUUCCAGGUUCUGGGGCUCCGGUGCGCGUACAGGCGCCAGUUUUGGCACUCGGUGCCGAAAAGGUUUAACUAUCACUGCCCUAGCUGCUUCAAAUGACCACUGAUCUCAGGCAAUAAUAUUUUCUAAAUCAUAAUAUGUUGCUCUGAUGUGCUUUUAUAUAUUAGAAAUAAAAAAGAAAAAAGUGCUCGGAA